UGUGACCUUCCCUGGAUGCACAUGCUUGCAAGAACUCCUGCUCAUCACAAUGAACGCUCUUCUGAUCAGCUUUGCGGCCUUAGCCACCUUCGUGAGUUUAUGCGAUGCCCAGUGCUAUGUCAUACCUAAUGAGAGCUCUGCCUCUGAUGGAUGCAAGGAUCUCAGUGGAGUCACACACCAGCUGAAAUCAGACUGGAAGACUGACAACUGUGAAAGCUGUCAUUGUGACGAUGAUGGAAUUCAGUGUUGCAGCACCGCAGCUAUACCUAUGGGUUAUGACAGAGACAAGUGCCAGGCAGUCUUCAACAAGGAGACCUGCACCUAUACAGUGCUGGAGAAGAAGAACCCAUCAAAGACCUGCGCUGUCGAGGCCUGGGUGUUAUAAGGCUCUGUUCAUGGGGCCAGAGCUCCCCACCUGGAGGGCCCCAGGUUCUCCCAGGUCAGGCUUUCUUCUCCUAUGGCCUCUAACAGCCUGAUUGUAUAACCCUACCUAUUAGUAAAGAAUGUUUUAAGCAAA